CGUCUAACAGUUCUGAAGAUAAUGAAAAGCCAGCCGUAACCUGAUUAUACCUUCUGGAAGUUUCUUGUUAAAAUCAAAAGGAUGUAAAAUUGGUGUUUUCAAAGCGUUCAUUUACCGGAAGCGUUUUGGAAAUUAGCGUUACUGUAAACCGGUAUUCCCCCAAAUGCUUUCUAUAGCUAUGCCUAGGGGGUGGUUAUUUCUCUGCAGCCAGCUUUACGGUUCUUCUCAAUAGGCGGGACUUUCGUGCCUCCCGGCAACCCUCGAGCACAUCCGACUCACCUGUAUUCAGGUAAGGGGUGGGGGAUGAUGACAGCACGUAGACCUCUUCAGAUACAAAGGCAGCUGUGUUACUUUUAGUCCAAAAGCUUUCUGUUCGUCAGUAACUUUUUAUAAAGCUUUAGCACGUGAGCUCUGGUAUGAAUUUGAAAGUUUAAGAACGCAUUAAACGUGGACGUUGAGGCGAACAUUGAAGUGUCUUCUUACAAAUACUCAACUUGAACUGUUUUCUAAGAAGUUUGCAGUUGACAGGACUGUAACUUAUGGCAGCACCAAAUCGCUUUAGACGAGUGAGGUCUCAGCUUCCAACAUGUUAUUACGAAGGAUUUCUGGAAAAGAAAUCAAUCAAAGACAAGAUGGGUCGUACACUCUGGACCAGUUUAUGUGGCAAUGCUCUCUUUUUUUACAAUAACACCAAAGACAGUGUUUAUAUAGAGAAGCUGGAGCUCUCUGAUCUCGUCUCCGUGAAUGAUGACCGCUGUCGUGACCGAAACCUGGAUGCUGCUAGAUUCACUUUGCACAUGAAAAAUGAAGACAUCAAGAUGAUUGCCCCAAGCCUUGAGGCCCGAGAACUGUGGAAAGGCUUCAUGCUCUCAGUAUCUAAGCUGUCUGUGCCAAGUUCUCUAAACCUGCUGCCUGGCCAGAUUCACAUGAUGAAGGAAAUAAUAGAGAAAGAGAAAAUAAGACAGCGGCUUCUAUCAUCUCCUCCACAACCCUCGGCUUCUGCCAAUUAUGUUACUUUACAGUCAGACAUGCCUUCGUGUUAUCAUAAUGUUAAUCGAGUCGAAGCUGAAUACUUGUUGGAAAGGAACACUGUUCGGGGAAACUUACUGCUGCGGCCUGGUCAUGAUGGGACGUCUUUUGCCCUCACUACACGCCAAGAUAUUAACGGCAGACCAGUAUUCAGACAUUAUCGUGUGUCUCGGAGGCAUGAAGGAGGAUUUGCCAUUGCCCUUGAGACUCCUAUCACCUGUGAGACCCUGCAUGAUGUCAUUAACUGCCUGCUGGAGAAGACCAAUGGAGUUUUGGUGCCUCUUCUGAUGGAGGAACACUAUGAGAAAAAUAUCACAUUUAUUGAGACCGAUAAGGAGAAUGGUGAGAGAAAUGUGCUUUGUCCCAAAGUCCCUUCACCUGCUCCUCCAAUGCCUCCCCCAAAACCAGCAUUUGUCGAGACCGAAAAAGACCAUGUUGAUACAAGUGUGGAUUAUCCAAAAUGCCCUUCGCCUACUCCUCCAAUGCCACCCCCAAAACCAGCAUGUUUAGCCCCAAGGAAUCAAAGAUCUCAGUCAGAAACAAACACACAUGAACGAACCUACCUCAACGUCUCAAAUGUUGGAGAGUAUGAGGUGGAUCAGGCAGCAUGUCCUCCACCUCCUGUCCUGCCACGUCUUCAAGAUGCUGAAAGAAAAGCUUUGGUACCUCCUGGCUACUCUAAAACAACUUCCCGAAGCAACAGUUUGUCAAGCACGCCUAAGAACGUUCCCAAGCGGCAACAUGUUGACAUACAUGAGCUCCAGGAGGUUCUUAAUAGGAGACGAAACCAGGAUUAAAAGUAAUCUCUCUAAGAUGAUGAUAAUAAUGGUUUCAUUGUGGAACGAGGAAAAAUUCCUUAGUAUUAAGCUUGUCUUAAGUCUAUACCAGCAGAUAUGUGGAUAUACAGCUUUACUCGCCAGGACACUGUAUCUGUGAUAUUUGCCCACUGCUGUUCAGUUGGAUCCACAAAUAGGCCCUUGAAUCAAAUUUUCUUGAGUGAUUCUUUCAGCGUUAUGAUGUAUUAGUUCUCACAAUCAUUUAUUAGACCAACAUAUGUGUCGUGUUGCAUAGCUGCUGACUGUAAAUCACUACUGCUGUUUGUGUAUUUGAUCUCACUGACGUACUGUUGAUUUAUCACAAGUUUGUCAGAUGAAAAGUCACAUUUAAAUAUAUUGUCUUGAAUUCCUAUGUGUCAGAUAGCUGGUCUACGUCUCUUUUCUCUGUCUCUGAUCAUAAAAUAUCAGGCUUGCUAUAAUAAGCACAAAUGGUUGUUAUUAAUAUGUUUAUCUAUAUUGUGACUUUACUAUGUGGGGAAGUUGCAGGUCUUCUUUCUCCAGAUAGAGAAACAAGUCAAACAAAUGUUGUUUUUCUGUUCCUGUUAAAACAUGUUUUAUACUAUAUAUAUUUUGAGAACAAUACACUGAUCAUAGAAAAUA